ACGAUGACGUUCGCUCCGCCUUCGCCACAGGCUCGUUUUGCGCAUGCGCAGCCGUGUUGCGGGUGGCGGUGGCCACUGCGGAGGGGGAGGGGAAUCAGAACGUUACGCCACGCCACGCGACGGGACAGGACCGAACGUAGAAGGCGGGGUCACGAACUCUGACCUCCCAGAUCCGGAGCCGCCACCGACAAAAAAAACCCCUGAAGAGCUGCAGCUGCGCCUGACAGUAUAAACUCACAGGAGUCUCCAAAUAAUGAUUAUGCAUACAGGAAGUGGAGUAUAGCAUUGUACCUACGGAAAUACUGGUGAUUCAGAAUCAUGGCAACUAUUGAGGAAUUGGCCCAUCAAAUUAUGGAACAACAAAUGGGGGAGGUAACACACUCCCAAGGAUCUGUUACACAAACAUUAAUGGAUGGAACAGCACAAAGAAUUCAGAUUGUUCCUGCUGAUGCAGGACUUUCCUUACCACAGCGGAUACAGAUUGUUACAGAUCAGCAGACAGGGCAGAAGAUUCAGAUUGUGACAGCACUCGAUCAGACUGCAACAAGCAAGCAGUUCAUUUUGACAAAUCAUGAUGGUUCUGCCCCAAGUAAAGUGAUCCUUGCAAGACAAGAUGCUACACCAGGAAAGGUUUUUCUGACAACUCCCGAUGCUGCAGGAGUUAACCAACUGUUUUUUACAUCCCCAGAUAUAUCUGCACAGCAUAUUCAGAUUUUGACAGACAAUUCUUCAACAGAUCAGACCUUAAAUAAAGUAUUUGAUCUCUGUGUUGUUUGUGGAGACAAGGCAUCAGGACGCCAUUAUGGAGCAGUGACCUGUGAAGGUUGCAAAGGAUUCUUUAAAAGAAGUAUACGGAAGAAUUUAGUGUAUUCAUGUCGGGGAGCAAGAGACUGUGUGAUUAACAAGCAUCAUAGAAACAGAUGUCAGUACUGUAGGUUGCAGAGAUGUAUUGCAUUCGGAAUGAAACAAGACUCGGUUCAGUGUGAAAGGAAACCCGUUGAAGCAUCACGAGAAAAGUCUUCAAAUUGUGCAGCUUCUACAGAAAAGAUUUAUAUUCGAAAAGAUUUGCGGAGCCCACUUACGGCAACUCCCACUUUUGUAACAGACAGUGAAACGGCAAGAUCAACAGGAAUGUUGGAGUCUGGAAUGUUUGUUAAUAUUCAUCAGUCUGGAUUAAAGAAUGAACCUACAGUACUGAUGACUGCAGAUAAGGUUGAAACAUGUCAAGGAGAUUUAAGUACUUUAGCAAAUGUUGUAACUUCAUUAGCAAAUCUAAGUAAGUCCAAAGAUAUGUCUCAAAAUAGUGCUGAGUUGUCAAUGAUAGAAAACUUAAGCAAUGGAGAUACAUCAUUGUCUGAGCUUCAGCAAGAUGAACAUGCAAGUGCUGAUGUUACAAGGGCAUUUGAUACUCUUGCAAAAGCAUUAAACCCAGGAGAGAGUGCACCAUGUCUGAGUUCUGCAGAAAGUAUGGAAGCAAGCGCACGUCUAGUUGGAGAAGAAGCAAGCAUGAAUAUUGUUGAAAUAGAGGGCCCGCUACUUACUGAUGCUCAUGUAGCUUUCAGGCUCACCAUGCCUUCACCUAUGCCUGAGUAUUUGAAUGUUCAUUAUAUUUGUGAAUCAGCUUCCAGACUGCUUUUCUUAUCUAUGCACUGGGCCCGUUCUAUUCCUUCCUUUCAAGCUUUAGGGCAAGAUAAUAGCAUAUCACUAGUAAAGGCCUGCUGGAAUGAACUUUUUACACUUGGUCUUGCACAGUGUUCACAAGUAAUGAAUGUAGCAACUAUAUUAACCGCAUUUGUUAAUCACCUUCACAAUAGUUUACAACAAGAUAAGUUGUCAGCAGAUAGAGGAAAGCUAGUGAUGGAGCAUAUCUUCAAACUGCAGGAGUUCUGUAACAGUAUGGUGAAGCUUUGUCUUGAUGGUUAUGAAUAUGCUUAUUUGAAAGCAAUUGUUCUCUUCAGUCCCGAUCACCCAGGCUUAGAAAAUGUGGUACAGAUUGAAAAAUUUCAAGAAAAGGCAUAUAUGGAAUUUCAGGAUUAUGUAAUGAAAGUAUAUCCAGAUGAUACCUACAGGCUCUCUAGGCUACUUCUCAGAUUGCCGGCCUUAAGACUGAUGAGUGCAGCUAUCACAGAAGAACUGUUUUUUGCAGGACUAAUUGGAAAUGUUCAGAUUGACAGUAUCAUACCAUAUAUUCUACGAAUGGAGACUGCAGACUACAACUCUCAAAUAAUUGGUCAUACUAUAUAAAAAACAUUAAACCACAUGUUCUAUACCAUGGCGAUCAUGGUGACUGUAAAUGUACAUUAUCUCCAAGAGAUUGAAAAAACGUUUUCCUGUGAAGGCAUAGCACGAAAAAUAAAGGAGGGUGCUAAUUCCUCUUUAGCAAUGCAUUUGGAAAACACAAUGGAUUAUCUUCAGUGGUACAGGAUGACUUAUCUUUUAUCUGAUUUUCAAGAACUUUGUACAUUUCUGAUAAUUAAUGAAAAUCAAGAAGUGUAGUUCAUCCUAUUUUUGUAGCUUAGCUAUACAUGGAACUUGGGAACUCCAAGCAAAUACACAAAAGCUAACCUUUGAAAAAGAGAAGUUUCAUAAAAGCAUUUCAACUUGAUACUAGGACAAAUAAACUUUUUUUCGCAAAUGUUCUGGAUCUUGUUACUCUUGUCAGUUUCAUUUCUGCCUUCAUUUCUGAUGGGACUGAGUGUCAAAGUUUUGGAUAACUUUCAACAGAUUUUUUCACAAGUUAAUUUUUUAUUGAGUAACAGGUGAUUUGGAGUUACUUAAACAGAUAGGGCAUUAUCUCCUGUUAGUGUCCCAAUCAGUGAUUACAUCUUAUGCAGUACUUAGAUUAAUUUGAAGUACAAAUAAUUGUUAUGUUCAGAGUUAUAUCAGUUGCUAAUAAGAUUUCAAAGUAAAAACAAUCCUAGAUAUUUUAAUCACAUCAAGAAUUAUUUCCUAAAUCCUGUUAUUUAUAAAUGCAGAAUAAUUUGCCAUUGCCAAUUAUGCUUACUUUAAUAAUGUUUAUCCACGUUUCUAGAUAAAUUUGGAAUUUAUUGAAUUUCUUUGUAUGCAAGUCUGUGAAACAACACAUUCAGCCACAUCCAAUGUUAUGUGAGCAACAAUGCUUACACAGUGUAAUUUCCUUCUCUCCUUUUCUACAUCCUUGUGUAUCCCAGGUUUGCUCCCUUUCCUUAAACUUGGAGCAGAUUUGGGGAGAACAUAGAGGAAAUGAAAGAUGGAGGAAGAAUUUUUCCAGAUUGAUGCUGUUCCACCAUCAGAAUUACAUUACUGGAUGCAAAAAUUACCACUUUUAUUGGAAAUGAAUUUCUUUUCUCAAUUCUAUGGCUUUCAAGAUUUAAGUUUCAGGUUUUCAUAAAAGAAUUCAGAUAAGCCUAGAGAAAAUUUCUGAAAAGGUGAUAAGUGAAUAAGCAGUUAAACCAUGAUGAAAUAUAUGUUUUACUUACUGAAUGGUAUGUUGUUCCUAAAAAGCAGCAAUUGCACUAGAAUCCUAAUUAUUUCAUAUUUUAUGUUUCCAUGUUUGAAUUUGCUGCUUUGUAUUUUCAGCUUUUGAAAACCUUUUCCAGAUGCAUUUUUUCAGAUUUAUUAAAGGCCUGGUUUUUCCUUAGUUAUUGUUUAAUAAAGUUAGUUAAGUAUUAAUACAAUAUAUUGCUAUAUCAGGAGUUGCUGAUAUAGUGGUGUUCUCUCAAUUUACCCUUAUUUCAGAUAUUCUUAAUCAGCAAUUACAACCACCUCUGUCAAAUUAUGGGCUUUACUAAUUAAUAAAAAGGGGGUUAUGUAAUGUGAUAGAUAAGAUUAUUUACUUCAAAGUUUUAAAAAUUAUUUAAAUAGAAAGGGAUAUCUUUUAUAUAUUUCACAAUGAAACACCUAAAAAUAAUGAACUGAACAGUUAAUUUUUUUACACACAAAAAAUAUAUGCAUACACUUGGGCACAUGCAGAUAUUCAUAUCUACAGUUGUGGUAGCUUUUUGAUGAUGUGUUUUUGGGAACAUCUUGCAGAUAUAACUUGUCCUGUUUUAAAGCAUAAUUAAAAAUCAUUUGAAUGCACACCUUCCUAAAUGGUGUCAGUACAUGUGUUCUGCAGUCAGUAGGAAUUGUUUCUGUAUUCCAUUCCAAUUUUUCAUUCAUUUUAGUGGUUCACUUCUAGUGUACACAUCAGAAUGUCCCAAUUACUACCUUGCUGUAUAAUAUACUAUUGUAAAUGUCUUGAAACCUGAAGAAGUGUAAAUUCUAUUUUGGCUGUAUUUUUUAAAAAAUAAAUUGCAACUUUUAUUAUAGAA